AUGGAUAAUGAUGAUUAUAAUCUAUUUUCCAUUGUGCAUAGCUGCAAAGCUAAUGCUUAUACUUCUUCUACCACCAUUUUAAAAACUUUUCCUUCACCUCAAACAUUAACAACCACCUCCACCACUACCAAUAACAUUAUAUCUUCUCAAACAACCACACCAUGUUACGCUGACGAUUUUUCUUUAACCCAAGAAAAUAGAUCAGUUAGUCUUUCCCCACUUAAACCAACUGAUUUUAUUGAGCUUGACAAACUGAAAAUCAAUUUCAAUCCAACCACCGUUAUCCCCGCCCACACCACAACUAUCCCCAUUACCGUCACCCCCACCACUACUACCCUAUAUACCCCGGCCACCAUUACUACUACCAUCACUAAUACUAUUAAUCAUGACUCCAAUCAAAAUACUAAUUUUUUUGAUUUCCCAACACUCAAUAGAAACAUACAGAUGCAACCAACUGAUAUUAGGGGGCCAGAAAAAAAUAUACCUAACUUUAGUCCAACGACCAUUAUCCCCAUCCCCGCCAUUUAUAACCUUACCACCAAUAUUCCCACACCCAUUACUUCCAACUUCACUAACCCCAGCCUCCCAACAAACAUUUUUACCCCGACUGCCAUAACCACUACACCUUCUAUCAAUUCCAUGAUUAACACUAACACUAGUUGUUAUGGAACUAAUAAUUAUCUUAAGAUACAUGAUUUCCCAAAAUUCUUUGAACAACAACAAAUCCAACAAAAUCAAAACAAUCAACUAUCCGCUCUCAAACCUGCCGCUUGGAUUGAAAUUACAAAGGCUCAUUUUGAUCUUGCAUACAACCAUCCAUCUAUUUCUAAACAAUACGCAAGAGAUAGCAAUCAACCACCAACUCCACAACCCCAGCCUAGUUCUAUGGUUUUACCAAAUACAAACCUACAAGGAGAACUAUGCAAAAACAGGAAAAGAAAGUUUCACAAUCAGAAGAUAGUAGAAUGGCACUUGAGUGUAGAGAAGUUGGGUGAAGAUCCAUGGGAAUGGAAAAAGUAUGGACAAAAACCCAUUAAAGGAUCUCAACAUCCAAGGGACUACUAUAGAUGUAGCACUUUUAAAGACUGUUUAGCAAAAAAACAAGUAGAAAAAAAACAACACAAAGAGAAUAUUUAUGUUGUUACAUAUAUAGGAGAGCAUAACCAUCCAAAACCUGCUGUUGAUCGGUCUCCUUAUAACAAGUUAUCAAAGAAGAGAGUAUUCAGUGUCAAAAAAUAUGGAUGA